CUUCAAACAGUCUCUCAAUUUUCAACAAUUUGUCUUUUUUUAUUGCGCAGGAGAGGAUAGAUUACCUAUUCCCAGAGUUUUUCUUCUUGGGUUGAAUAAUAAAAUAUAGAAAGUGAUUAAAAAGUUAUUUCAAUUUCACACAUACUGUGCUAACAAGAUAAAACAAGUUAUUUGAAAUGUUCCGAUACAAUAUCUUAUGUUUAUUGUACCUGAACAAAAGUACUUUACGUCACAAGUUAUGUCAGUGUCUCGUUUUAAAUGUACUGUGUAAUUGUGUCACGGGGACUUAUUUCGGUAAAGCAUGGAGUCCAAUGCCAAUAUCGAUGACAUUCCAAACGACAAGCUGAAUUUCUUCUUGAAGUCCCAUCUUGCACUCUUUUAUACACGGCAAACUAUUCAACCAUUAGUGAAAAGAGAAAUGACACAAUUUCUUCAAAAUGCUCUAAAUCAUAUUUACCAAUCUGAAAAUAUACCAGAAGGAACAAAAUGUACAUCAUGCGACAUCCAAAACUUAUUGCAUUGCCGCACAAAAGGAAUUUGCAUCAUUAGAAACAAUCAGUGCAAAUUCCAUAAUGGACCUGACAAACAAUUCAAGAUUUGUUCGGAAGGAAUUUGCGCUGAACUACUGAAGCAAAUUGAAAAGACGCAUAGGUUCACACCUCCAUGGGAGAAUACAGAUUCGAAAAAAUGGUGCGAAGAUGUGCUUGAAAUUUCUAAAUGUUAUAUGCCAAAAGAUGGCUACAGAAACGUCACUAAUUUUGAUACCAUUGACUUUAAUGGUGUUAUCAACGUUAUGAUUAACCACACAGGAUUUCAGAAUGAAAUGACUGAAAACCUAUCAACCAAAGACAACAUCUGUGAAAAGGCUCGCAAAGUUGGGAACAAAAUCAGACAUUCAAACAUACACAUUGAAGAAUCUGCUUUUCUCGAAUAUGUAGACGUUUUGAUGGAGCUAUUGUCGGAUGAUAAAUACUUUGGUGAUAACCCGAUAGCUCAAUCAGCACGUGACAAAUUGAAGCAAUUGAAGUCCAGUGAUUGGUUAAUAAAACACGAGUCUGAAGAAUUCGAACACGUGCGUGAAGAAGUGCAGAAUGACACGGACUUCGAAACAAGACGCAAGACAAUGGCUAUUAUCCAAAUGGCAGAACAGAGAAUCCUCACAUGCAAAUCCUCCCUUAGAUCUGACCUCAUCAGGUUUUAUCGAAAUCGUCAUAGUACAUUGCCAGUUUCUCCAGUCCAUGUCCACAGUGAUGAAAGUCUUAUUGAUCUUUAUGUCCUGCCAGAAAUGUACUUAAAAGGCCCAUUAGGGAAGAUGAGUAUUGGCAAUUAUCAUGAACUGCUUCAUGAAAAACUUGGAAGACUACUUGAAGAACGGGAACUGAAAGAAAUUUAUAUCACAUCUGCUUCAGGAAUAGGAAAGACAACAUACGGGAAGAGGAUGGCUUUAGCAUGGUGCCAGGCGCAUAAUCCGUUAAAAGAACAGGUGCAGCAUUUUGACAAGGAAGAUUUGGAUGAGCUUGAACGCUUUGAUUUCUUUUUCUUUAUUUCAUUAAAAGACAUCAAAGACCAAAACGAUUACAUUGACGACAUAAUUUUACGCACAAUCGUGCCAGAUUUAGCCAAUGAGCAUAAAUAUAGAAAAGAUUAUUUCAUUUCAGAAAUAUUAAGUACAUAUCGGUGCAUUAUCUUCUUAGACGGCUUGGACGAAUAUUUGAAGAAAGAAACGACCUCAGAAGUACCAAAACGGAAAGUGCGUGACACAUGCACCUAUAUUACAACAACAAGACCAUGGAAACUUGAAAGCGUCCAAUUGAUAUCCACGCAAAUUGAUAGAAAAGUAGAGAUAAGCGGUCUUAGUUCACAGUCUGCUGACAAGCUCAUAGAACUAGUCACCAGAAAGUUAAAUGACAAGUAUAAGCGCGAAAUGAACCCAAAUGAUUGUAUAGCAGAACUUGAGAGAAGAAAUCUUGAAGGAUUUAAAUCUGUACCAAUAAUUCUUCUUCAAAUAAUUUGUCUUUGGUACGCAAAGAAACCUUUAGGACGAUCUCAGUGCGAGGUGUACUGCAACAUGCUGGAGCUUCUUUUUGAGAUAGCCAGACAGAAAGAUAUCAUAUCUUAUAACGGAAAUGACAUGUGUAAGAAAAAGUUGCCAAAGUGUUUUGACAAGAACUUCUACUGCCAACAAAACCGAGGGCUUUUGAUAUCAUUAGGAGAAAUAUCUUUCGAAGCUUUAUUUAAAGAUUGUGGUCUCAAUUCGGCGUAUAUAAUCAGUGAGAGUACGAUACAACGAUGUACAAUAUCUGACAAACAAAUCAACUUUUGUCUAGCUGUUGGUCUACUGACACAAGUUAAGGGUUCAGACCCUAUCAUGAAACAAGAAAACAUGUAUACGUUUCUACACCAAACCUUUCAGGAGUUCCUUGCUGGGCUUUAUAUUUCAACAUCCGGUUUAAAAACGGACAAAAUACUGUCCGACAUUUGCCAUUCAGUUGCUGAUAUUGUAGAUAAGUCUACCAUCUUCGUAGUCAUGUGUGGCUUAUGUCCAGAUAUUUCGUCAUCUUUGUCAAAAUAUGUGGCAGAAAUUCAAACAAAUGAUCCAACUGUCCAAAAAUACCUGGAAGGUAUCGAUAAUGAUGAAAAUUCCAGUUUAAAACGUUUUCAAACAGUCAAUUUUGACUGCUUACAGGAAAGUCAAGAUAACGGUCAUAGUUCGUUGAAAUUGAAUAUCAAGUGUGCCUUUAUCGCGAAUAAUUUUCAAGUGAAGGGACAAAAAGGACAUCAUUUUAGACAUUUAAAACACAUACUCGCAGACAAGUCGAAUUCUCUGAAAGCGAUUGAUAUUUCGAAACCAAAGGCAUCUUUUAUGAACGAACUUCAGUUAGAGCAAACAAAUGCCAAACUUGGCAAGAUAAGUGUCCAGGAAUGUGAGCUUACCGACCUUGUUCAGGUUCUGAUUAAAAAGUCCUUUAGAACACUUACUUGUCUGCAGUUGAAGUCAGUUUCAUGUGCAUGUACCACAAAUGCUUUAACUGCCAUAGGUGAAUGUCAAAACUUGAGAAACAUUUCUUUUUGGGAAAUUAAGUUAGAUCAUGCAUCGUUUCAGAAAUUUACGAAACUUCUGUCAGCCAAAAACAAAAUGAAGGAAAUAGAGCUCAAAAGCAUAGAAUGUAUCCGCAAUGAUCAGCAAACAGAAAAAUGCGAUAUGCGUCACAUUAUUGACCUUGGAACCCAUAGGGAAUUAAACAGAAUUAGUGUAUUUGACACAUGCAUUCAGCUGCAAAACUUGAGCAAAGAAAGCCUGUCAAUGUGCGCUUUGCGCUAUCUGCCCGAUAAGGAAGAUUUAGCAAAUAUUUUGUUUCUAUUAGAGAACUCAUUUGCAUUGCAACAUCUGAUUUGCACUGAUCUCUCAGAAAGUGCAGAACUUAAUCACAUUUUACCAUCUCUUAAAAUGUUGAAGCAUUUAGAAGUAGAAUUCUCUGCUGAUGACGAUGAUUCCAGAGAGAACUCGAUAGAAAUAUCUAAAAGCAUGAAGAGCCUUGAAACUCUGAAACUCCGGCACAUGCGCAUGACGAAUGAAUCGUUUGGACAAUUUUUUAAAGGUAUACUCCAACUUAAACAAGAGAUGAUUGUGAAUAUUCAAGAUGUUAGUUUUGAUACGACAGAAAACUUCAACAAUGCUAGAAAAGAAAUAGAGGAUUGUCCUUAUUCUGAAUUAGACGAUACAAAAUCAAAUGAAAAGGCGUUGGUGUUUUCCACCAAGGAGAGAAGAGUAAAGACAGUACAUGCUGUAGUUGUUGAAAAAACAAACUAUCAGGACACAAUUGACAUAUCAUAUUUUGCAGCAUUAGGCAUUGUAAUUCUCGGAAUUAUUGUGCUUUAUCAUGCAAUGAAGAAUAAAUUUAAGCAACGAUGACCUGUCGAAUGUGAUAUAAUAAACUAUACUGAAAGUAGUUAAAAUUAUGUGUCAUAACUACAUGUACUAUUAUCCUUUUUGUACUAGUCAAAUACAUCCCGCUAUAACUGACACCGUAACAGUGACAGGUAUAGCGGAAAAAGAAACAUCUUAAACUUCCGGUCGCACUGCUGGCUCAGUUCGGCGGAUUUUGCUUGGGUGCCAAAUUAGGAAGUUUUACCUUCCAACCGUCACUGGAUUUUACAGACUCAAUCAAAUGGAGAAAGGAAUUUGUAAUUUUCCUGUCUUCAUUCCUUCCGAGGAAUCGGUCCUUUUUCAGCUAUUUUGUAAUUAAACAACAACAGUCGAAUGUCGUGUUAUAAAAGUGCUUUAUUUCGGGUUUAAUUUUUUGUUUGUUUGUUUUGUUUUCAGCACAAUAGUGUUCAUAUUGAGUGUAGCUAAACAAUAUUGUACAAUUUUGAUAUGUAAAAUAUAUGUAUGUAUAUUUUAUCAAUAGCUAGCCCUGUCACAGUCGCGAGCUAGUUACCAUGUACAAAUGUAUUUUGGUUUUUAAACUGAGUAAUGAAAAAACUGCAAUUUAAAGUAUCCAAUGUUUAUAAAUUGGCAAAACUCUAUUUCAUGCAAUAAUAACAAUAGUUUAUUACGGGUAGUUUAAUGUUUAUAUUUCUUCAUUUUCCUUGCAUUUUAAGAUUUGAGCAGUUUUAAAUUUGAUGAAAUAUUAUUAAAGUCAAACUGUGUUCAUUUUACUAAAUUGCCAUUUAAUUAAAGGACUAAACCUCCUCGU